UUUAUAUUAUUUCAUAAUUAAUUUUUUAAAUUAUAAAAUUUAUAUUUUAUACUUUUUAUUUUUGAGUAUAAUUAUACAAAAUUUUAUUUAUAUAAUUUUUAUAUAAAAAUAAACGAAUUUUAAAAUUUUACACUUUUAUUCAUAUAUAAAUUUUUAAAAGUUAUAAAAUUAUAAAAAUAUAAAUAAAAAUAAAAUUUAUAUAUUUUAAUAUAUAUUUUAUAAUAUAAAAUCUAAUCAUUAUAGAUUAAAUACUAUAAGAUAUAGAAGUAAAAUAUAUUCAAAUUGAGGGGUAUAAUAAUCUUAAUAAUUUACUAUAUUAUUAAAUAUAUAAAGUUAAACUCGAGAUGUGGCUAAGCGGCUAGUGGCUACAUUACUAGUGCCUCGGCUGUGCCAUUCGGUAGGUAAGACUGAUUGUUCGCAAGUGAAUAAAAAUUCAUACUAGACUCAAUAAUCAACCUCUUCCAGCCUUGGAAGUGCUUACCCUUCUCGACAGGUUAACGUUACUUCCUGUUCUAUUACCAUACUCUGAUUUCCCAUUCAUUCUCGUAGCGAUUCCCAAGAUGAUAGUUAUUAUAGCUUCCAUUGCGCUUACCGCGCUGUUCCUUUGGAUUACUUCCAAGAUUGUGGCAGUACUUUCCUCCCCGCUUAAUGCGAUACCAAAUGCCCAUAUCACAGCACCUUUCUCCCGAUUAUGGUUACUAUGGAUUAGAGCAAGAGGAGUCGAAUUUUCCACGCAUCUUGCUGCUCACCGACGUCUUGGCCCAGUGAUAAGAAUUGGUCCUCGAGAAAUAAGUAUCGAUUGCAUCAAAGAUGGUGUGCGCACUGUAUAUGGAGGAAAUUGGGAUAAGUCAAGCUUAUAUGACAACUUUACACAAUUUGGGUAAGUCAUUUUGAUGUUUCUAUAUAUGAUAAAUGCUAAAUGUGGAAGAUUCUCACCAUUGUUUGCUAUACGACAAGCAAAGCCACAUUCAGAAAGAAAGCGUGUCUUUACUCACAUCUAUUUGAAAUCUACAAUUAUGAACUCCCCUGAACUUGCUGUGCUUCUGACUACUAUUGGUCAGGACAGGCUGUUACCUAGAUUGCAGCGAGCCACCAAGGAAGGUAAAGAUGUGGAUGUAUAUUCUUUGACUAGAGAAUACAGUAUGGAUGUUGUUACUACAUACGUUUAUGGUAUGAAGAACGGAACCAAUUGGGUUGAGUAUCCAAAUCAAGCUUCUCACUAUUUAUCUGCAUUCCAACACGCAGUUGAGCCAUGGGCUUUCUUUGCUUCCACUGAAAUCCAGCGGCUGGUGUCUAUAUUUGGCUGGUUUGGUAUUAAUUUACUGUCCCCUUCAGUGAAUAGGGCUUUUGAUACCAUUCACUCUUUUGUACUCGAUCUUACUGUUCGUACCAUCGGAACUCUGGAAAACAACCACAGCAGUGAAAAUGGCUCCAUGAACACUUUUCGCGAUGUAUGGCAAAGGCUAGAAAAUGUUCCCGAAGAACAAAAAACUCAUUUGCUUGCAUCUGAUAUGGUGGAUCAAAUACACGCCGGUCAUGAAGCUACCGGAAUAGUUUUAACAUAUCUCAUGUGGGAGUUGUCUAGGAAUACUGAGGUUCAGGAUAGACUACGGAAUGAGUUAAGAUCCUUGAGCGAGCCUCGAUCAUCAGAGCUCUUGGAUGCUGUUCUGAUGGAAACUAUUCGGCUUUAUCCAGCAGGGUUUGGCCCCUUUCCGCGCGUCGCGCCGGACAAUGCAAAAGUCAAAGGCUUCGAUAUUCCCAAGGGAACUAUAGCAACCGCAUCUCCUUACACACUUGGUCGCAACACCAAGAUCUUUCCUCGUGCCGAGUCAUGGAUUCCUGAGAGAUGGCUUGAUGCUGACGAUGCGGAAAAACGACAAAUGAGACAAUGGGUCUGGAUGUUCAUGAGCGGGGCACGCAACUGCAUUGGAGAGCAUUUGGCUGUACUUGGUACGUAGAUGAAUGCAACUGAUUAUUUUAAAGCUAAUUAUACUGAAUUUUUUCCAGCGAUGAAAGCAUUCGUCGUGGAUAUUUACUCCAAUUAUAGAACUAUUAUCACCGGGAAUCCGAACAUGAGUCAACUUGAGACCUUCUUCUCGAUACCAGCAAAUGGCUCACUGAAUCUGAAAUUCGAAGUAGUUUCAAAGAGGCAGAUCUAGUGGCGUUCUACUGCGAGCAGAGCCUUAAAAACACACCAACAAAGUCCCGCAACAACCACAGUGCUCUGUAAAAACUACUGGACAGUGGGUGACUUGGAUCUAGGGCUUCUAUAGUUAAAAUCAAUCCAAUAUAUAUUAAUAUUGAUUAUAUUCUUUUAAUCUAUAGACGUGUAAAAAUGUAUAAGUCUUAUAUAUAAAAUAUAAUAAAUAUAUCUUUUUUAAUAUUAAUAUUAUAUAUUUUAUUGAAAUUAUAAAUAAAAUAAAAAAUAUAGAUUUUUAAAAAUUAUAAAAGAAUUUAAAAAUGAGAUUUUGAUAAUAAUUUCUGAUAUUAUUAAUAAUUAUAAUAAUAUAAAUAUAUUAAACAGAAGUUAAAAGGAUUAUUUAUAAAAUCAAAAAUUAAUAUAUUAAAAAAAGAUUUUUAUUAUAAUUAAAGAUUCAAAAUUAACAAUUAAAGAUAUAGUUUUUAAUUAAAUUUCUUAAAACUUUAGAUCAAAAUAAUAAAGAAUUAAAUUAAUUGAUUAUUUUGAAUAAAAUGAGAUUGAUAAUCAAUUCCGGGUAAAAUCCAGAAUCAUUAGUAUUUGUGGUUUAGUGCAAUCAAAGCGCGUUUAGAAAGGCGUGAUCCCUUGCUAAGGUUACACUAACUGCCAAGCUUGGCUUGAUAGGCAAUCAAAGAGGGGGUAUGCUGGUCUCCCAAAACAAUUGCAACGCUGACCUGCACUG